GCAGGCACGUGUACAGACCCAGCGUAGAUUCACUCUUAGCCCUAACCACUUCAGCACACUUCGCCAAAAAUGGAGCUCCGAAGAACUCUCUUCUUCUUCCUAUUCGUCCUCACUCGCUCCGUCCUCGUCAUUUCUGAUUCCGACGAUCUGGAUUGCGUGUACACGAUCUACGUUAAGACCGGAUCGAUCAUAAGGGGAGGGACGAACUCAAAUAUCAGCGCAACGUUAUACGCAUCGGACGGCUUCGAGAACCGUAUCGACGAUGUGGAGAAGUGGGGAGGGCUGAUGGGGCCCGAUCACAACUACUUUAGGAGGGGCAGUAUCGACAUUUUCAGCGGCCGAGGAAGCUGUUCGGACGCGCCGAUAUGCGGGCUGAAACUGACUUCCGACGGGAGUGGGCCCCACCCCGGGUGGUACGUCGACUACGUGGACCUCACCUCCGCUGGGCCCCACAUCCGCUGCCAAAAGCGGCGGUUCAUUGUCGACCGGUGGCUCUCCAUCGAUGUACCGCCGUAUAGUCUCACGGCUGUCUUGGACUACUGCUCCAAUUACGACGGCGACGGCGAAGACCAUGACCUUAGACGCCAGGGUUAGACCGUUUCCUUACCGAAGCUUUGGACGUUUGAGUUCUGUUGUCGUAUAAGGGGAAUAGAUAACUGCGUUGUGUGUCGUUUUUGGGGAUGGAAAUAAGGAAUGAAAUGGAUAUUUGGAUGUGUCAGUGAAGGCCUCUCGGACUCUUAGGGGAGUUUAAGGUUUCUUGUACUCCUCGGCAUCUUAUUAUAUAGAUUAGAGUUGUACCUUGGCCGAAAAACAAAAUAAUAAUAAUAAUAAUCCCUUAAACAUAUAUAUAA